ACCCCUGGGGGGAUUUAAGUACCCCAAGAACAGGCCUGCCUCGAGUUCUGCUAGACAGAUUAUUUUCUGGCUUUAAAUGGAUUGGAUCUGACCGAGGGUGACUGACAUGGGAGUAGGGUUUGGGAAGGGCAAUGAGUGAUACUGUGUGCCCCUUCCGGAUGCGACAUGCCACUUGCCGGCGAAGACCUCUACUGUCGCAAGUUCCAGCCCAAUAUCUUCGACCCGUCCCGUUGCCAGACCUGCUUGCGGCUCAGGCACCUGCAUGCCAACGUGCCACAGCGGGACGAUUCAGAUGACCUGUCAGUGGUGAGCAGCUACUGUGACAUCAGCAGGGAUCACCUGGGCUGCGAGGAGGGUUCCCUGUGCAUCCUGAGUCCUGACUGUGAACUUUACAUCUGUGACGAGGACGACAGCACAGACAGCACUCAAGAUCCAUCUGACUUCCCUGAACUCAGCGAUUCGCUCAGCCAAGAGGAAGACGAAUUUGCCCACCAGGACGGAGCAUCUUACCCCACCAUGACUCGUCUGCACCCAGCUCCCCACAGACCCAACCCCCAAGCUUGGAUGGAAGAGGCACGGAGCAGAGAUGGCUUUUCUAGACAAGCAGGAGCAAAAGGACAAAAAGACCAUGACAGUGGCUACCUUUCUCUGGGAAGGGCCGGAGGUAUCCAUUCUCUUAAGGAGAAGAAGCCACCAGCACCAUAUCGGCAUUUAGAAAUAGGCCACCCCCUACCCAGCCACCGGAGUCCAGAACCCAAAGCUACUAUCCCCUUUCGGAACCCAGACCUUGGUGUACCCUCUCAGAGGCGGAGCUCGGAGACACAAGGAUAUGAUCCAUCUCUGGAAAAUUCCCCACCUUCGGGGUUCUCAGAAUCCAGCUACGGUUGGAAUUUUGACUCAGGACAGAGAAGCCUAAGUCCCACCCCUUUUAGACAGGCAGAAUCUCUGGAGUCACCCCAGCAUCGACGCUGUGACAGCUCUUACUCUAGAGGACAGCAGUCGUCUUACUCUUCAACCCAUCAGCAACCCGGAAAUUUGCAAAAGCAGGGCUGUACGUUUUCUCGAUCAUCUUCACCAUGCCGGAGUGCUUCUCCAUUCAGGCAAGCUGACCAGUCAGGCAUGUCCAGCAGGAGGAACUUUGACUUUCCUCAAGGGUCCAGUCAAGGGCCUCGAACACCGUCCCAAAAUUCUUAUGGACGAGGUUUGGAUAUUGCUAGCGUAUCAAAAAACUUUAAAUCAGUUGGUAACUCUAUUGGCUCAUAUUCACAAACUGACUCCUUUGCAAACCUAAGAAAUUCUCUCAGGAAAAAGGAUGUGAAUGUCUCCAGUGGAAUGAGGUCAAACAGUCGCGACUCUUCACCAUCAAAACGAGGAUGUGAUAAUCCAAGCCAAACUCUCCUCCGAAAAACAGACACAAAAACCACUCCUAACAGUUAUAACCGUGAUAGCCGUAGCUCCUCCCCAUCUAGGAAAAUAAACGAGACUCCAAGCCAAACCCUCCUGCGAAAAACAGACUCAAAAUUAGCUACCAAUAACUACAGUAAUAACAGCCGUAGCUCCUCUCCUUCUAGGAAAGGAUAUGACACCCCAACCCAAUCUAUCCUGCGAAAAACCGAUACAGGAAACUCUACCAAUACCUCUAUCCGUGACAGCCAUGGCUCAGGCCCUUCAAGGAGAGCCUGUAAUACCUCAAGUCAAACUAUCCUGCGGAAAUCGGAGGCAAGAGGCACUUCUGGCAUUCAAAGCCAUAACAGCCAAAUUUCUACCCCAUCCAGAAGAGUUGGAGAGCGACUGAAAAAAGACUCAAACAUGCACUGCAACAGUCGAAGUCUCGACAGCCGGGGCUCAUCUCCCUCCAGGCAAGGUCAUAACACAUCAAACUAUUCCAUCCUACGUAAAACCGAGACGAAAAGUACAGCAGGCAUUCAUGGUCAUGACAGCAGGAGUCCCUCCCCUUCAAGGCAAAGUCACGAUUUGCCUCGUCCAUCAUUUCCACCUAAAACCAGGGCAAACAGCUUGUCUAAUACCCCAGCCUACGACAGUCGUAGCUCGUCUCCUUCACGUAAAGUCUAUGAUACCAACCAGCCAGCCCCAAGGAAAGCUACUGAUAUAAUUUGCAGACCGGGGUCAGUAUCCUCUGAAAUAAAAAAAACUACUUCUCAAUCAAGUCCCUCUCCAGGCUCCUGGCGCAGCUCCUCAAACUCGCUCCACAGUCCCCCCAUCUCACGUAGCUCUUCCCCAUCCAGGAGGCAAGGUCAGGGACAACAUAUCUCCAAACCAACCUUCAACACCUCUGAAGCCAACAGCAGGGGCGGCAGUAGGAACAAUAGCAGACAAAGGAGUCUGGAGCCCCAUACCCCCAGCCUGGAGCAUCGACAGUCAUUUCAUCAUAACCCAGGUCUCUCCCCCCAGUCACAGCAGUACACAUCUUCCCAGAGUUCCCUGGAGUCUGAGUCCAGCCACCUCUCUGGGGGAUCAUUGUAUGUGGGGCUGAACAAGGAGGAAUAUGCUCUCAUGGCUGACCUUCCUAAGGUCAAAACAAUAUAUGAAAGGGAAGGUCCAGGGCAGUUUGGAAGAUCUCAGAACCAUAUCUUGGCAAAGGGGGAACUAUAUAAGCCGGCAAGUCACACCCAGACAAAGGAAGUCUACAGGGACCAGGCUGGGCUGGGUGAACGGGGAAAGGCGAAUGGAAGGGAAUGUGACCAGGGGCAGCGGCACAGGCAGGACAGAGAGGCUGGCCAGUUAACAAGGACCCAGUCCAGCAGCUCUCUCCAUACACAGAGAUCAAGCAGUCCCUCACAAGAAGAAGGUAACCAUUGGAAGCUACAGCUGAAACGUUCAUCUGGACCCUCUCAGGAGCUGCUUCCAGACAGAACUGCUGGAAAUUGCCGUUCCAGAUUCCCGUCAGACGAAGCGCGUGAAAAGGCAAGCAUCCCUUACCACACCGUCAUUGUUUUGCUGAGGAAGCGCAAGCUCCAGUAAAGAUUUCAUCAUGGGAAAGACCCACCGAUUAGUCCGACAGUAAUGUUAGUUCCCCUCCUUAGGGCACAGCUGUCGUAUGGUUAUGAUACGCAUCAUUGCACUCAGGUCAUACUGGUAUAUCGACGGGAUAUAGAUACGGGACACUUUUGAUGUUAAAAUAACAUUCUAAAGUAAAACAUGUAUGCAUUGAGAUAGGGGUAAUGUACUUUCAGACGCCCCUAGUUAGUGCUCAGAACUGUAAAUGUUAUAUAUGCUAAAACUCAAAUCAUAGUUGAUAUAUUAAAAAUACAUUUACGAUAAAUUGUUUACUGAAAGAUAUCAAGUGUGUACCUGAAAGGUAAAUAGCCUUGCUACUUCCAAUUUUUAGGAAGAUUAAUUGCUUGUUUUUUCAGUUUUAAUAGAUUUAUUGCAUUAUUUAUUUUUGUUUAUUAGUUAUAUUGGCACUUGUCCCGCACUGAGGCUGUGUGAAUAGCCGUAGCAGCUGAUGUCCCGGUGGCUGUCCGUCUCUUACGCAAUUAGUCAUCCUUCCCUUAGUUGGCAGGGCCUGAUACACGCGUACAUUUGUCCGAUAAAUUUGCCGCCAUUGUGCGUGUGGAGCGUCCUGCCGAGAUAUGAGAUGCCUUUAUAAAGGAAG